UCCACAGAGCAUUGAAAUAAAUUCUUUUAAGUUUUUUUAAAAAAGGGUUUCAAGUAUUCAACAGAUUACUGGAGAACACUGAAUUCUUUUUUAAAAAACCCAGCAAUUUAAAGUUUUGUUUUACUCUAGUGUAGAAACUCUUGAAGACAUUUUUUUCCCCUCCAAAAUCUCAUUUUCACCUGAAAUAAUUGUAUUCAGGUUUUCUCAGCAGGUAAAGUAUACAUUCUUAGAAGGUUUCAUAUUUCAGAAUUCCAAUAAUGCGAUUAAACUGGGCAUCCACGGAGUCACAUUCUCUCCUCUCUUUGUGUGUGUGUGUGUGGGGAGGCGGUGUGUGUGUAUGUGGGUGUCUAUUAUCUUGCAGUUCUGUUAUUUACACUAAAUUUUAGUCUUUUCAGCUCCUCAGAAAUACCUUCGUGAACCCUCAGCAGUUGCUAACCACUUAAUAACUGUGAACCGACCAGACCUUUUAAGUAGAUCGUUAACCACAGAGUGCCUGACAAUUUCCAAAUCAUAUCCUCUGUCCAAAAGGAAAAGAUAGGGCUUUGUGAGGCCGAAAGGAAGCGAAGGAAAACAAAACAAACGUAGCUCAUGCUGAAAGUGAAAAGUGCUUGGACAGAUUAGUAUUUUCUUUUCUUCAAGGCGUCCUGCCAGACUUUUUUUUUUUCCUUUAAUAAAGAAGAGUUAGUUUUUGGUCUGAUUUUUCAGUUUCUUGGAAAGUGUUGGUAUUUACCAUCCCCAUCGGGCUCUCAUAAUUAUAGUUGGUUGUUUCGUGUUUUCCCCAGCCGUCCACAUCACAGACUAAUGAUACCCCCACCUCACUCUGUCAAAACCCCAACUCUGGGCGACCCUGGGUCUGGAAACUCCGCCGACUCCCGACGACACAUCCCACUCUGCCUCUCACACAUUUGUCUCAAGAUCCCCCACUCCAGUUACAGCGAAAGCCGGAAAUUUUCAUUUAGCUCCCCCUCUUCUUUUAGCCCCCCACUCGGAGCCUAGAGGUGGGGAGCUGGGAGGCUCAGAGCACAGCCGGGUCUCGGCCGCCUCUCCUCUCUCCGGAAGGCUUUAAUUUACACACUUGCUCGCCACUGCGCAGCGGGCCCCCAAACGCGCCGCGGGGUGGGUCUCCGGCAAAGUCGGCCUCGCGGACCCCCGCCUCCGCCCCCGCUGCCUCCCCGGCUCGGGCCCCGAGCUCCGGCCGGAGCCGCGCGGCCCCCGUCCGCCCCCAGCGAGCGGCGCGGGCGGCGCCCUCCGCCGUCCCUCCGCCCUCCGCCGCUGUGCCCACCCCCUCGCGGGAGAGAACGCUGGUAACUUCUUCCUGCGAGCGGGUUACCUGCUCCGCGCCGCCGCGGACACGUGCGGAGGGCCGACUGACACCCGCAGCGCCCUUGGGAGGCCCGACGCGGCCGAGCCCCUCAGCCCCCGCGGCGUGUUGUGCACAGUUGGAGGAGUGCAUGCAGCCGGUCAGCGCCCAGAUUCGGAGCCCCACUAGGACGCACCCUUGCUUUAGUUUCCCAACUUAUUUCAAAUAUCGGAGUCAAAACGCACACCCUGCGGUAAGCAGCUCUGGUUCCCGCGGCGCUCCCGCCAGUGUGCACGUGGGCGCAUUUGCGUGUGCGCACACCCGGGAGUCGUGGUCCCCGUGCGGCCUCUCGUCGCUGCGCUGGUGGCGACCCUGCGGUGCUUGGCAGGCUUCGGGAGAGGCACAUGAAGGAUUUCAUUGAGUGUGAAGACAGAGAGCAGAGACAGAAAGCAGAAGGAGGCGGCUGCAGUCUUUGUAGUCGCGGAGGAAUGCGGAAAUGUUGAAGCACUAUGUCAAACUUUUUUGAAAUGGGGUCAAGUCACAUUCAGCCAGCGUGGGAAAGCAACAUCCACAACAACAAAGUGGGGGGGGGGGGCACGGCUGCUCCCGCUUCUCUCCGCCGGGGCCGACAGUCCGGGCGGCGGGGGGAGCCGGCGCGGGCGCAGCGGGCGCAGUUCCCUGCGGGGGUGGGACGUCCGCGACGCUGUCUUCGCUGCUGAGCCUCCGGCUGGACUCGGGCGGGGAGGACGGGCUGUGCAGCCGGCGGCGGCGCCCCGACUACCUGUGUGGCCCUCGGCCUGCUUCAGACCCCAGUGCAGGCUCCGGGGGCUCGUUCCUCUGCUCCCCAAGGAAUCGUCUUAACCUUUUAAGGAGAAUUUUGAAUGGAGUGAAUGUGAGGAACUCUGUCCUCGCUGCGGUCCCCGCCAACCGCAUACUGUGGGGGUCGCGCCAUUUGUUUCUUUAAUUCCUGGCAGAAGGCGAGCGGGCCAGCGGUUGCCGGGCAGGUGGAAUGAUUGUGGACUGAGACGCGCUCGGGCAGAGACUAUGUAAUCCGGCUGCGCUUCGGGAAGGAAAGAGGAGGGAUCGGCUCGCUCUUCAGCGACUCGGCAGGCGGAGUUUCGCGGAGGCACCAGGGUUGCGCCCGCCCGCGGGGAGGUCGCUCCAUCCAGCCCCGGCGGCCGCGAGAGCGCGAGCGCCGGAGCGCGGCAGUCGGCGGGGCUGAGGGAGAGCGAGACCGAGCUCCGCGGCGCGAGGGAGCGGUUCGGAGAGUCCCGGAGGAGGCGAGCGGCGGCCGCGAACGAGCCGAGCGCGCCCCCCGCCCGCCCCAGCGGCGCCGAGCCGGACGGCGUCCGGGCGGCAUGGAGAAGGACAGCCUGAGCCGCGCCGACCAGCAGUACGAGUGCGUGGCGGAAAUCGGCGAGGGCGCGUAUGGGAAGGUGUUCAAGGCCCGGGACCUGAAGAACGGAGGCCGUUUCGUGGCGCUGAAGCGCGUGCGGGUGCAGACAGGCGAAGAGGGCAUGCCGCUCUCCACCAUCCGCGAGGUGGCGGUGCUGAGGCACCUGGAGACCUUCGAGCACCCCAACGUGGUCAGGUUGUUUGAUGUGUGCACAGUGUCAAGAACAGACAGAGAAAUCAAACUAACAUUAGUGUUUGAACAUGUUGAUCAAGACUUGACCACUUACUUGGAUAAAGUUCCAGAACCGGGAGUGCCCACUGAAACCAUAAAGGAUAUGAUGUUUCAACUUCUCCGAGGUCUGGACUUUCUUCAUUCUCACCGGGUAGUGCAUCGUGAUCUAAAACCACAGAACAUUCUGGUGACCAGCAGUGGACAAAUAAAACUGGCUGACUUCGGCCUUGCCCGCAUCUACAGUUUUCAGAUGGCUCUUACCUCAGUGGUCGUCACACUGUGGUACAGAGCUCCAGAAGUCUUGCUUCAGUCCAGCUACGCCACCCCCGUGGAUCUCUGGAGUGUUGGCUGCAUAUUUGCAGAAAUGUUUCGUAGAAAGCCUCUUUUUCGUGGAAGUUCAGAUGUUGAUCAACUAGGAAAAAUCCUGGAUGUAAUUGGACUCCCAGGAGAAGAGGACUGGCCUAGAGAUGUGGCCCUUCCCAGGCAGGCUUUCCACUCAAAAUCUCCUCAACCGAUUGAGAAGUUUGUAACAGACAUUGAUGAACAAGGCAGAGACCUACUUCUGAAGUGCUUGACAUUUAAUCCAACCAAAAGAAUAUCUGCCUACAGUGCCCUGUCUCACCCAUACUUCCACGACCUGGAGAGGUUCAAGGAGAACCUGGAUUCCCAUCUGCCACCCAGCCAAAACAGCUCUGAGAUGAAUACAGCCUGAAGUCUGAGCCGCUGCCUUGAGCUGGUCACCCGGAGAACAGCCUUGGUAGCUGAUGGGUCCCCCUGAGUAAGCCCUUCAGAGCUGUCGAGGAUCACUGGCUGGAGACCUUCUAGCUGCUGUCUUCUGGAUGGGCUCUGCUUCUCCAAGGAAACCGCCUAGUUUACUGUUUUAAAAUCAAUGCAAGAGUGAUUGCAGCUUUAUGUUCAUUCAUUUAUUUGUUUGUUUGUCUGUUUGUUUGUUUCAAGAACCUGGGAAAAAUUCCAGAAGAGAAGCUGCUGACCAAUUGUGCUGCCAUUUCAUUUUUCUAACCUUGAAUGCUGCCAGUGUAACGUGAGCAAUCCAGGCACAGCUGAGUUAUGAUGUAAUCCCUCUGCAGCUGGUGGAGCCUGAUUUGGUACUUUUGAAUGAGUGAGUGAGUGAGUGAGUGAGUGAGUGAGUGAGUGAGUGUGUGUGUGUGUGUGUGUGUGUGUGAGAGAGAGAGAGAGAGAGAGAGAGAGAGAUUCUUGAUCUCUUAAAGUGUUACUUCCUGUAAAUGAUAAGAAUAAUUGAAUUCUAAAGACUCAGAGUGACCUAUAAAUAACAGGCAUCUGUUGACUGAAGGUGGUUCACCAGAAGGGGCUUCUCAAAUUAGAAAGGUGAGCCUCUUUCCUCAAAAUUUCUUUUCUGGCCAAAAGCAGUAAAUCUGCUAGCAGUGAAAGGUUCACUAUCCAGGUGAAGUUUUAUACAUUCAGCAAAAAGAAAAUUCUAGUAUCAUUUAAGAGAGCUGUUUCUUAAAGCACACAUUAUCUACUCUUCAAAAGCUGAAUUUACACAUUGUAAGUCAAUUUUAACCUGUAUAAUAUGCUUUAUUGUUCCUUAUGAAAAAUACCCUAUACGCUUUUUCUUACUUAUAUAGAUUUAGGGAGUGUACCUCAAAUAGGUAAAAUUGUCAAAAAAAAAAAAUAGAGAAAGCCUUUAUUUCCUGGUUUGAGAUUUAUUUCCUUAUUGUUUUUUGUUAUUUUGCUUUGUUUUUGAUCUUAGGAAUUUGUCAGAAACUGUUUCCUGUCCAUGGAGAAUAGUUCUCUCCAACUAGAGACAGGAAUGACAUUUAAGUUUUCCCCACCUAUUACACUGUACUUUUUCUACCAUGCACUGCCUUGUUUGCAAACUAUCCUCCUUAUCUAUCCCCCAAGGCCUCCAACAUAUAAUGCUGUCAUUACAUAACUAAGAGCAGAUCGCUUAAGUUGUUCCCGUGCAUCUCCUGCUUUUUUCUAUUAGUGAACCUUUCAUAAAUAGUAAGAUUCAGAUUGUAGCCUAUGGCUCCAAUUCUGCUAUCCUAGCAGGGUCCCCUACAUCCUUGGUCUAGUGUGAUCUUCCUGCCUGGCAGUCACUGGUGUUACCUAGACAAUGAGUAGAAGACUGGGUCUUCUCUAUCACCAGCACAUAGAUGGCUUUAAACUGUUACUUAGUGUUUUGCAUUUGUAUAGAGUAUAUUGCGAGUGUAGUAUCUGAGGGAAUGUCUUUAACUAUUUUUAGAAAUACAUUUUUACUCUAUAAAAUGAUCUUUUCUCCCUCCCCCAGGUUAUGCUUGUUUCUAGUGCUGUGUGCACACUCCCGCUUCCUGCAGAGCAAGCCUGACCUGGGCACUGUGAACAGUUUUACUUGUUCUCUUGCCAUUUUCUCUACAAUCCUUAAUCUUCCAUGUCAUCUCUGCCUUAUAAGUAAUUAGUGCUCAGCCAGCUCUAGUAACCAGAAGACACAGAAAUGGAGUAUCUUCUGGGAAGUUUAGCUACCUUUGUUUCUGACUCAUGUUUUAGUGCAUGCAAUAGUUAGACAAUGUUUAGAGUUAGGGUUUUCAAAGAAUGGACAUGGCUCCCAUCAGUAGAAAAUGAUGUUUUAUUCACUGUCAAGCCUUCCUGAAUUCCUCCUAGCUUCAUAGUCUAUGUGGCUAGCUUGAACGAGAGAAAAUUUAGGAGACCUUUCUCUUUGAAAGCUUUUUGGGUUGGGAAUCAUUCUUUUCUAAUACAUAAAUGUUUCACAUUGUUCUUGUUCAGUGACAGAAGAGCAGGAAAAUUUUUCUAUUUUAGCAAGAUAAGAAUGAGAAGAUGGGCCAUAAGAAUGUUUUAUACUUCUUCAUUGUGACACUAUUGGUUGUUUUGUCAUCACUGUAAAUGCUUGAGAUAUAAUAAAUCCAGAGUAUUCAUGGCAAGGUGUACUGACCCUCUCCCCUGGAAAAGUAACUUCUGCCUUUCCUUUGAUCAGAGGUCAAAAUACAAAGACAUUUUUGCUCGGGCCAAGAAAUCAAACUGUAAAAGUCACUGCACUGAUGCAUCAUGAGCUUUUUGGUUCAUAUCCAUGGUUAGAGUGAACAUAACCAGAGUUUUUGCUUCUGCAAAAGUUUUUCAUAAGUUCUCUCGAGAAAAAUGCAGCUGUUCUAAACUGGAAUUUUUCCGCAUUCUUAGAAUUUUAAACAAAUAGAAAGCUGAACUUUUAUUUCUAGCAUGUGCUUUUGGUUCAUUUCACAGCAGUGUUUAUAAAGAAAACUUAAAGCACAAACAUUUUGGCAUUAGAUACUUGGCAAAUUAUGCUCUGAGAGGCAGAAUGAGAGGCCAUCUUGGCCUCUCUGAACUUGUUAAGAGUCUGUCCCAGCUCUUCCAUCCCUGUGGUUCUUAACACUCGAGUGAUUACCCUCUUGUUUUCUGUCCUGUACAUCCAGGCUCACCACUUCUAAAAUCCAGAUCCCACACAAGCACCUUUGCCAUUACGGCACUUUGAAGCAUAUAGCAGAAUUCAAACUUACUGAACAAAGCUUAUUCUUCUGUGACAUAUGGUUUCAAACAUCUUUGCCAAAAGCUAGGCAGUAGUUAGCUGAAAAGGUCAUACUGCCACAGGGUUGUAUUGAAGCAGCUCAGAGCAGUAAAAAUAUGGUGAUGGAUUUGAAAUCCCAUUUGAAUUUCUUGCUAAGAUGAUGCAAGAAUGUGCCUGAUAGUUUCUAUACAAUAUUCUGUUCUGGUGGCCCAGGCACUAUAGGAAUUGAUGUGCAGUGCACAGUUGUAAAACCCUAUAUUUAAAAAGAGUAAAGAGAAACCUGUCCAUUUAAGGCAUCAUAAGCUAUCAUGUGGCCAAAGGUAAUAAGGCCCUAACCUUAUAAUCUUAAAAACACAAUUCCCAAGAGCUCAUAAGAAUGCUGUGCGUUGGAGCCUCCCACUUUGUCUUUCCUUUGAAGUGGAUGGGAACUCAAGGAGCAAAAAACUGGUUUUGAAAGAAAACUACAGGCCACUUCAGCCGCUGUAUUCUCAUGAUUUUCUCAGGAAACACAAACUAUGAAUGGCAGACUUUUCAUUUAGCCCCAGGUGACUUACUAUAAAUAAUUCAAAAUACUCACCUAAGAAUAAAAUCUCAGCCUUUUAGUUUUAAGUAAAAAUGGAAAUGUCAGAAUGCACAGGAUUACUAUCUUUAAGAAAGAAUGUACCUUUUAAUAGAGAAAUUUAUAGUUUGACUCCAGAAUGUGAUACUCUCCAUCUGGAUGAGAAAAAACUUAACUAGUACCAAAUAUUUUAAACCUUAAAUUAUGUAUUUAAAUUGAGUUUUUAACUAGCUAUAGCUGCUUCUCUUUAAAAUGAUGCCUAUAAAAGUUAGUAAUGGCAAUUCUCAUUCCUUUGUGGAAAUUAAAUCAUGUAAGAUUCCUAAUAGCAUAACAUCAUAAACUUUAAAAUUCUUCUCUCCAAAGAAUUGCUUCUUUUAAGUGACAACUUGACUAUUUUUAUGAUAAGCACAUGAGAGAAUGUCUCAUUUUCCAAAAGCAAGCUUUGUUCCAUAGUUGAGUCAAGGAAAAAAUAAUGUUAAAAGUUAAUAAGUUACUGUAAUUACUUGAUUGUGUUAAUACAGAAACUGUAGAAUAUUUACCUUGGAAAGAAAAUAUUGAAAUAUUACAAAUUCUUAGCUAUUGAUAGGAUUCAAAAGAAUGCAUGUGUUACAUUAUGACCCAUAAAAGUGUCUUCAUAUUAUAAAAAUAAAGAUGUUAUAUGAUUUCUAAAUCUUUAAAAAAAACAGUGGGCAAUAGAGAAAACUCUGGAAAAUUGAAAGUAUUCAAAGAAGGAUAGUUUCAAAGUUAUAUUUUAUUAACAAAUAUAUGGUAAGAAUUUAUGCAACUAUUAACUUGAUAUGUUCAAAAACAAAUUUUAUGGAAAAGCUGGUCCAGGAAGUUACCAUUGCAUAGGGUGAGCUAAGCAAAUUAAACCAUCCAUAUUCCUUCCUCACUUCAUGGAAAAAGCAGCCAUGUGAGGCUACACUUGUUACACAAGUCUAGAAUGUGCACUGUAUAUAAUAAUAAUAAUAAUAUUUAAAAAGGCAUGUGUUUCCUAUGCCACCGAGAUUUUUGAAAAAAUAGUGAGACCCAAAACAUUUAUAUGUGCAUUCAAUACAUUUACAUGUAUGAUUAGGAAAACAGUUACAUGUUCCUUCUGCACAGUGGAAAAGCAGGUUGAAACUACCAGAAAUCUGUCAAGCAAUGUGUAUCCUCAGAUAAUUAGUAAUAGUGUUUUCCCCAAAAGCAUUAGAAAAUAGCGUUUUCAUUUCCUAUCAAUGCAAUUUUCAACUCAGUUUUGUUAUAUAACUAUAUCUCAAGCAUUUCUAACUUGUACUUUCUCAGAAAAUAAACCAAAAAUAUUCCUUUGGCCUUUUCUAUCUUCUGAACUUUGUAAACAACAGAAAUGUAGAAGGAGGAGGAGUCUGAUUUUUUAAAUGUUUUUCCUCAAUUGUUUUUUUUAACAAAGUACAAAUCAGCUUUCAAAAUGUUUUAUACUUCUUAGCAUUCGCAGAGAGUUAAUUUAGGUGAAUGAAUGAACUUCCAUCAACAUAUUUAUGUUUCCUUGGUAAUGGUGCUCUGGCCUUGAAGAAGAAAACAAAAGCCACUUGAAAAUAAAUACAAGCUUUUUUCAAGCAUCUAUUUAAGUACUGUUACAGCAUAUUGAAGUUAAUAUGGUAGGAAAGGGAGGGGACUUUUGCUUGCAAACUUUUAAAAUUCACUGUCCUAAAGAGAUGGGCUUUCUUGUUUUAUUCCAGUAUAUCCCACAAGGUGGCACUUUCAUGGGGGGAAAAAAAUCUGAGCAAGGCUAAAGAGGUACUUCUGAAGGCUUCAUUCUGUUUUUCUGCACAUAUUCAACUCUUGCUUGUCACUUACUUGUCAAGAUGAUUAAUAGUCUUCUUAACAUUCUUUAAUUUAGAUCUAUUUUGAUUGUUUGCUAGGUUCUGAACAAUUGUCUGCAAGUAAAUUGUUCUUGAGGGUGGAUAAUAUACCCAUUUCCAUCAUUUAAGUGCCUAAAGAGAGCCUAGCCAUUCAUUUACUCAAAACAUUUUUUGAGGUACCCAGUAACCUCACUUUUCUACACCUCACUAGGUACAGAAGUUAACAAAGGUAGAUAGGUUUAUUACUAAAAAAGCAGCAUUCAUCUGUGAGUAGCAUUGUUUUAUCAGGAGUCUAAAACUCCUCAAUGGCCCCAGCCACCAUACCCUCUCCUCUUCUCUCCCGCUUUCACAUUCCUUACCAUGGUGGCCUUCAAACAUUAAUAAAACUUUAAAUCCUAAUAUAAAAAUCAGAUGACAAAAUGAGUAAUGCAUCAGUAAUUAAGCAGACUGUUAAACAGAUUAAAAUGUUUUCCUAAGGAAUUGCUAUGCUGAAACAGAGCACUAAAAUAUUAAAAGAUCUGAUUUUUACAUCUAUAUAAUCACAGGUGUAAAUUCGCAAGAAAUUCUAAUUCUUCAAAAAUUCGUCUAUGAACAUAAUACCUUAGGAGUAUAUCUACAUAAGUCCUUAAUUUUUCCACUUUCCCAGUUCUUUGGCAACUUUACAUGCAUACAAAUCUCCAUGCAGCCUUAGGUUUUAAUUCACAGGUCUGCUCAGAGACUCAUUAUCCCCCAGUUGAUUUUAGUUAAUUUCAGAAGUCAUUUUCUUCAAUAGUGUCACUGAAAUUUAGGAGGAAGGAAAUAAUAGUAUUUGUCAAAGAGUUUCCUUAGCACAGCGUAACAGAGGGCAGCUUAUUCCUUCUGAGUAGCCGUAACUCGAUAGUGCCUGCUUAACGUUCCUUCAGAGUAGCGGGCAGGCAAGUCUCAGUGACUGUUACUGACUCAAAGUGCAGCACACACCAGGGGCUGUCACAGGCUCCUUGAGAAACCUCCGGCCGCAUCCCUCUGCUUAAAAUCCCGCUGAAGUAGAUUCCAGUUAAAGCCCCUAAGUGGAAGGCCAAAUUCAAACCUCGAGUUUGUGAUUAGUUGGGCCAGUCUGAACUCUAUUUGCUCGGUUCAAAACUUGACUCCCACUUGAAAGCCUUCGGGGUGCGCGGCCCGGCCCCCCGCCCUUUGGCAGUAGAGUGGCAGUGGGGCUGGCUGGGACCCGCCCGCCGCCCACCUGUUAGUGCCUGAAAUGAUGUACAGACCCGGCAGGAUACUGUCCGAGGUCCAUAUGCCCUGCUGCUGGCUCAGAGGCAUCUGUUCUGCAACCUUAGAAAGUAAAAUGUCCCUGGAAGCAAACAGGUGCCUUCUGUGCAUAAGUACAACACAAUUCUUCGAAAGUCCGGGUAUAAAGAGAUGCUGCUCUGCAUGAAGCGUCUACCAGGCAUCUCUCAAGCUCUAAGCUCAGCUUUUUUUCUUUUUUAAGAGAAGAUGUAUAAUUACAGGAGAGAUUUUUUUUAUUUUUUUAUUUUCUAUCAUUCUACAUAUAUGAUGGCAAAAAUAUGCCUGGAAAAGUUUUGUUUUGGAAAUUUAUUUUCUGCUUCAUCCUCAGUUGGCAAAAUCUCCUAACUCUUUAGUGUCUCAUUUCUUCUUUCUCUGUUUUCUUAGUAAAGUAAUGGAAGGAAAUUUUCUCAUGUGGUAGGGGAUUUUCCUGUUCAGAGGAAACGUGUGUGUGAAUUCUUUGGCCAAGCAAAUAACCCCUUCUCUAGGAGUUUGGAUUUUCAAAUGGAGGUAAGAUUUCUGAAAGGGGGCACAUAACUACAGAUUGCUCUAAAAAACCAUGACUGUAGCACUAAUCAGCAAGCAUAAAACCACACAGUAAUUUAAUUUCUAAUUCUCUGUGUUUUCUGGCCAAAUUCUGUUGACCUGCUUAGCUUACAGUCUGAAGGUAUAGCCUUUGUACCCUUACUUGAAAGUUUCUAAUCUUAAGGUUUAUGAAAUGCAAUAAUAUUUAUUAACUAGCAAUAUUUCUGUGACCACCAGCAACUCUGAAUUUGACCUUGAAGCCUCAGAAAAUUGAAAACAGAUCCCAGCAGUAAUACAUUUCUUGAACACCGCCCCCUCAGGUGCAUUAUAUAUCUUCUCAUUUUGGUCCUGUGUUUGCAACAAUGUACAUGUGAAUAUUAUAGCUCCUCACAUAUUCUGUAUUCAUUUAUUUUCCUAUGACCAGUAACAGGUAUGUUAGCUAGUACAUGGAGCAAAUAGCAUCAACUAUUCAUGGUGCCCUCAGAUCAGCACUUAAGGAGGUGGGGAAUUUCUAUUUCAAGUUGUUCUACAUUUGCAUAAAUUAUUUCUAUUAUUAUUCAUGUAUAUUAUUUAUUUCUGAAUCACACUAGUCCUGUGAAAGGGCAACUGAAGGCAGGACACAUUAGGAUUUGCAUUUAAUGUUCAUUAUCAUGGUCUUGAUGAAGAUAAGAAAAUUAAAAUUAGAAUAAGCCCCCAGAUAAGCUGCAUGCAUUUAACAUGAUCGGUAGAAUUUAAGUCUGUAGAUGAAGUAUAUUUGUGUUUAGGUGUUUUCAUCAUUAUGUAAAGGAAUAAAAGCAAAGGACCUUAUAGUUGUUCUUUUAUAAAAUGUGCAUAUGCUAGAGUGUGAAAAUACAGUAAAAAUUUAGAGAUAGAAAAGCAUCAGAUACCGCCUUAAUUGAGGAUCUCUGCCAGAUGGCCAUCAGAGUAGAUGGGAUGCGGAGAUAGGUGCCUGGGUGGUGCCUCCUCUUACCUGGCCUAGAGAAGAAGCUUCCCUUACACGAUGUAGUGCCCAUGUAGGUGUUGGGUACAGUAGUGGGAACAGGCAGGACCUUUGAAAGGAGAGCAGUGGGAGUUUUCUAUAAAAACAGAACUCUGCUUGUGCCUUGAGGCUUCAAGAACAUGUCAGAUGGAGAAGGUCAAGUUUCCAUGCUUCAGGCAACUUGCUGUGUACAGAAGCAACCCAGUCUGGUUAUAAAAACAAGGACUGCAUGUACAUUAGUUGAUGAUGGAUUUGAACAGUGACCAGUCCCAACACCUCAAAAGCUUGUUGCAUUUCUGGUAUCUUAAGUUUGAUGUGAAGGUUGAUCGGCAAGUGAUUGGUAAAGAAGAGCAGUACGUGUUAAGAAAAGCACAGUAUCAGUUCCUGUAGAGGGCAGGUUAGGAGAGGGUUUUAUAUAGCAUUAUCGUUUCUGAGGUCUGUAAAAGCACAUUUGCAUUCAUUGUAAAAUUAUUUGUGUUGUUACAGUCCCAUAGGCCUAGUUAAAACUUUCUUCUAGGUUUCAACAAGGCUUUCACACCCAGUAAGCUUUCUUUUUUCUUUUUUACUUUGUAAAGUAGAAACAUCUUACUUUGAACAUCUAGGCUGUGUGAACCAGCCCAGGAUAACUAAUGUCCCUCCAUCCACAGCCUCCCUUCCUCCCUCCCACUAAAGCGCUCCUGCCCCCAUGCUGGCCUGUCUGUAUGGUGCUGCCAUCCUCUGCCGCUCUUUGGGCAGCAAGGAUAUGAUGAGAGGUGCUUUAGGCUGUUCAGGCUUGGCCACCACCCUUACUUGACCUUCAGCUGGCCACAGUCGUUCCACAGAAGGUUCCUAGUGCUGGGCACAGAGUGUGCUCACAGCACCAUCACCUUCUAGCCUCUUUGUAUGCAUCUUGAUUUUAAAACCAAGUCAUUCUACAGAGCAUUCAGUUUUGGCUGUGGUACAGAGAGAAAAACUAACCAAGACUAUAAAGCACAUUCCAGGCUGCUGUUUUCUGUCCAUCUACAGGCUACAUUUCUACUGUAUUUCUUCAUACUUGAAACUCAUUCUGCUGUUGUAAUAUCAGGGUACAGACUUACAAGGGUGCAUGUUCCUCAAAGGUGCAAAAUUACUCUCAUUCCAUUUGCUCAUGUUGCUACGAAUGCUCUGUUUUGGUGCUUUGGGUUCAGCAAGUCAAAGAAGCAGUAUAGAAAUUCACUGCCUAGAACAGUCUUACAAGAAUGUCGGCAGGUGGCUUAGUGGUAGAUAUUGCUUCUGCUCCUUUCUCUGUAUGUAAGAUUGAGAGUUACCACACUAGCCCAUCAGGUUUACCUGGGCAUCCUUCCUCACGGGGAACAGACCCUGUGCUUACCCUGCGUGCGGGUGCAGGGCAGCCCUCUGGAAGCAGGGGCCCUGCAGCCUAUCCAGAUGGUUAGCCUCAGGUGUAGAAAGGAGCAGAUUGGGAAGGGCUCCUCUAGCGACCUUCCCUCCAUUCCACACAGAAAGCUCUCUUGAGACAAAAAAAGAGAGAGAAAAAAAUAAAGCCUAUCUGUAAAGUGACCCUCUUCAUAGCGCCCUGGGCUGAAUGACCUUGCUUCCUUCCCUUUAGGUAGAUGAAAAUACAACACAGUUUAUCUAGACUCUUCCCACUUGAAAAGGAAAAUAGAAAAGUGUUUGUAGCGUGUAAAAUGUGUAAUCCAAGGACUACCAAAACUUACAUUAAAUACUCCAUCACUAGCAAUCUGUUUUAAAACGUAGUUCAAGGAAGGGAUGCAUUGUGACCACAGGGUCUCUGAGGUCAGAGGCAGCGCCUUCCUCUAGGAUUUCUUUGGAAAGAAAGAACUGCCUGGGGUAACUGUUGCAAGGGCAAAGGUAACAUGUCGGAAAACUCAGAGGGUUACAGAUCAAUCAUCCUUUGGAAACUGGAUGUCUUACUGGGUGCUAGAAUGCAAAUUGAGGUAUUUAUUGUCAGAUAAUGGAAAUCACUGUUGUUGUUGUUUUUAAGAAUUGGUGUUGAAAUAUCACUGUCAAUUUCCUUGUUUUCACUUAUGCAAAAGCUAAAUUGAAGUAAAAAGAAAAUGGUUUGUAUAUUUGUCAUACCUUUUGUAUUUCUUACAAUAAAAUUAUUGGUAGCAAAUAAAAAUAAUAAAGAGCAAUUUUAAACUGCA